UGGCCAUGAAGUGCCUUGGUGUCAAGCUGUCUUUCUGGUCGCGCGGCGUCCUUCCAACCAUCUGACUAUCCUGCUGCCGUCGCUCAGUAAGCUCAUUACAUCGUAUAUUCUGCAGCUCUCCAUCAUUUGACUCCGCCAUGGCUGCAAAAUUUCAAUAUCCGUUCCAGCGCAUCCAAUUCUUUGAGCCACAGGCGCCGGCUCAAAGAAUAUUGGUUGCUGCUGCUGGUCCAAAGCUUUACUGCUAUGCUGCUGAGUCUGGACGGCGACUAAGUGUCUGGCCUCAAGAUCAGGAGACGGCCAAUGGUCAAGAUUCAGACAUCGCCGAGAAAAGCACCGGUGCAGAUGGUCAGGAACCUCCCGGAAAAAAGAGAAAAUUGUCACCCUCUGCGGACGGGUCCAGCAGUGAUCCCAAGCCUAAUACCAAAGAGACAGGAAAAUCUCAAGCGUCGUCUUCGUGGUCACAUAUCUCUCUUUUGGCGACGUCUCCUACGGGGAAUCAUAUAGUCGCCGUCACCCCGGAGGAUAAAUGCAUCCGCGUAUUCGAGGUCGGCAAAGAUGGUACCCUUCAGCAUAUCAGCGAAAGGCACAUGCCCAAGCGUCCCAGCGUCAUCUCUUUGACGCCGGAUGGCAAUACCAUUAUAUGUGGUGAUAAGUUUGGAGAUGUCUAUUCUCUCCCAUUAAUUCCAAGCGAUAAGCCGAUUGUGCAGGCCAAGCCCUCUACACCGAAGCUAUUUCAGCCUGCAGCCACCAAUCUAACUGUCCACACCAAGCGGAAUCUGGAAGCUCUGGAACAGCAGCUCCGCGUGGGCAGCAAGAGCGCAGAAGAAAGAGCACCUCAAUUCGAGCACAAGCUGUUGCUUGGCCAUGUGUCGAUGCUCAGUGCUCUUACAUAUGUUUCGCUUCCUUCUCCCUCGUCAGCAGGCCAGUCUCGGAGCUACCUUCUGACUGGAGAUCGCGAUGAGCAUAUCCGAGUGUCUCGAGGAAUACCACAGACACAUGUCAUUGAGAACUAUUGUUUCGGCCAUACCUCAUUCAUCACUCAGAUGUGCAUUCCUGAUUGGCGACCGGAGCUUCUAGUUUCGGGUGGAGGAGAUGACCACCUUCUCGUCUGGAAGUGGCAAGAAGGCCGCAUUCUGCAGAAGGUGCCAUUGUUGGAUGACAAGUCAGAGUCCCGUGAAAUUGCCGUGCGAGGUAUCUGGGCACUCUCACUACCUGCCUCUGGAAAUGCUGUGAAAGUAGUAUUUGUAGCUGCUGAAGGAUCUCCAGAGCUUUUGUGCUACACAAUGGAAUCAGACGGCCAACUCAGACGACAGCCUUCGAUUCAGCUAACUUCCAACGUACUGGAUGUAGCAUAUGAUGGGGAAAACAACUCCAUCCUCGUGUCGUUGGAUGGAGUUCAUGAGUCUGGUUCCACGCAGGCUUUCAAAGAGAACCCUACUGCACCCCAAUCUUUUCUACAGGCCCUUCGUGUUGUUGAGGGACGGGACGAUUUGACUUUCGAGGCAGUUGAAGACUCGUUGGUCAGCAGCGUCAAUGCUGAGGGAACCACGGAUGUCGUUACCUCUGACGAUGAGAAGGCCAUUGAAAAGUCAAAGAAAGAUCUGACUGAUGCAUUGUACGGCCUCGGUAACCUCAGAAAAAGGGCGAAUGGAGAGGAGGAAUAAUUGUACAAUAUAUACUUGAGCUCAUUAAGAUAAGAGCCUGCAUUUGAAAAUAUGAAAAGUUCAGCUGUCUGCUUUGACGAUCUGCGAUCUGACAAAACAACCAGAUAUAUCCCAGCUUAUACCUUUGGAGGACAAGGUUAAAAAGAAUUGUAUAACCCCUCGAUUCAAUGUACCCUACGUCGCUUGAAGUGCUACUGGGUGGUACCAAGAGACGAAAUAACCUGCAGGUUUAUUAUUUGUGCCUUAUUUUGACCUUAAUAAUUCAGAGCCUGGGUUCGGUACUAGUGGGUCUUCUCCGCGCCAGAAUCAG